GUGGGAGCGGGGAGCGGCGGCGGCGGCAGGAGGGCCUCGGGGCGGGAGCGGAGACGAGCGCCCUCCGGCCCGGCCCGGCCUUCCUCCUUCCUCCUUCCUCCUUCCUCCUUCCUCCUUCGUCCCUCGUCCCUCGUCCUUCGUCCGUCGUCGUGGGGUCCCGCCAUGCCGGGGGCGCCCCCGGGCCCCGCCGCCUGAGCCCCGCCGCCUGAGCCCCGCCGCCUGAGCCCCGCCGGACCCGGGGCCGCCCAAGGACCGACGGACGUGGCAGCCCGAAAUCGAUUAUUUCUGGCCAGCGCGGAGAUCGUCCGGUCAACCGCGUCGGGCCCCGCACCGCUGAGUAAAUGCAGUAUCUAACUAUCAAGGAGGACUGCAAUGCCAUGGCUUUCUGCGCAAAGAUCAGGAGCUCGAAGAAGAGCGACGUGAGCCUGGAGGCCCCGGAGCCCGGCCUGGAGAUCGCCUUCUACCUGUCGGAGCGCACCCCGCUCCGCUGCUCCAGCGGCCAGUUCACCGCCGAGCAGCUGUGCAUCAGAGCCGCGCAGGAGUGCGGCAUCUCGCCCCUGUGCCACAACCUCUUCGCCCUGUACGACGAGAGCUCCAGGCUGUGGCACGCGCCGAACCACACCGUCACCGUCGAUGACAAGACGUCCCUGAGGCUCCACUACCGCAUGAGGUUCUACUUCACCAACUGGCACGGCACCAACGAGAACGAACAGUCCGUGUGGCGGCACUCGCCCCGCAAGCAGAAGAACGGCUACGAGAAGCGGCCGGUCCAGGAUGGCACGCCGCUCUUGGAUGCCAACUCCCUGGAAUACCUGUUCGCCCAGGGGCAGUACGACUUGGUGAAGUGCCUGGCCCCGGUCCGGGACCCCAAGACGGACCAGGAGGUGCACGAGAUCGAGAACGAGUGCCUGGGAAUGGCCGUCCUGGCCAUCUCGCACUACGCCAAGAAGAAGAACGUGCAGCUGCCGGAGCUGUCCAAGGACAUCAGCUACAAGCGCUAUAUCCCGGAAACGCUGAACAGGACCAUCAGGCAGAGGAACAUGCUCACCAGGAUGCGGAUCAACAACGUGUUCAAGGAUUUCCUGAAGGAGUUCAACAACAAGACCAUCUGCGACAGCAGCGUCUCGGCGCACGACCUGAAAGUCAAGUACCUGUCCACCCUGGAGACGCUCACCAAGCAUUACGGGGCCGAGGUCUUCGAGGCGACGCUGCUGCAGAUCUCCUCCGAAAACGAGAAGAACAGGUCUCACUUCGGGGACCACGGGGAGGUCCUUCACUUCGAGGUGAUGGUCACCGGGAACCAGGGGAUACAGUGGCGACAGAAGUGCAACGUCGUGCCCGUCGAGAAGGAGAAAAGCAAACCGAAGAGGAAGAAACUGGAAAGCAAGACCAAGAAGGAGGAGGAGAAAAUCAAACUCCGUGAGGAAUGGAUCAGCUUCUCUUACUUCCCCGAAAUCACCCACAUCGUCAUAAAGGAGGCGACCGUCAGCAUCAACAAACAGGACAACAAGCGCAUGGAGCUGCAGCUGGCCUCCCACGAGGAGGCUCUGUCCUUCGUGUCGCUGGUGGACGGGUACUUCCGGCUCACGGCGGACGCCCACCACUAUCUCUGCACGGACGUGGCCCCCCCGCUCAUCGUGCACAACAUCCAGAACGGCUGCCACGGGCCCAUCUGCACCGAAUACGCCGUCAACAAGCUGAGGCAGGAGGGUAACGAGGACGGGAUGUACGUGCUGCGGUGGAGCUGCACCGACUUCGACAACAUCCUCAUGACCGUGGCCUGCUUCGAGAACGCCGAGCAGGCGGUCACCGGCGCCAAACAGUACAAGAACUUCCAGAUCGAAGUGCGGCAGGGCAAGUACAGCCUGCACGGCUCCGACCGGGCCUUCCCCUCCCUGCGGGAGCUCAUGGACCACCUCAAAAAGCAGAUCCUCAAGACCGACAACAUCAGCUUCAUGUUGAAGAGAUGCUGCCAGCCCAAGCCCCGGGAGAUCUCCAACCUGCUGGUGGCCACGAAGAAGGCGCAGGAGUGGCAGCCCGUCUACACCAUGAGCCAGCUCAGCUUCCACCGGAUUCUCAAGGAGGAGAUCGUCCAGGGCGAACACCUCGGCCGGGGGACCCGGACCCAGAUCUAUUCGGGCACCCUGGACUACAGGGACGACGAAGGGACCGCGGACGAGAAGAAGAUGAAAGUCAUCCUCAAAGUCCUGGACCCCAGCCACAGAGACAUCUCUCUGGCUUUCUUCGAAGCGGCCAGCAUGAUGCGGCAGGUCUCGCACAAACACAUCGUCUACCUCUACGGCGUCUGUGUCCGGGACGUGGAAAACAUCAUGGUGGAGGAGUUCGUGGAGUUCGGGCCCCUGGAUCUCUUCAUGCACCGCAAGAGCGAGGCUCUGACCACCCCCUGGAAGUUCAAGGUGGCCAAACAGCUGGCCAGCGCCCUCAGCUACCUGGAGGACAAAGACCUGGUCCACGGAAACGUGUGCACCAAGAACAUCCUCCUGGCACGCGAGGGGAUCGACGCCGAGUGCAGCCCCUUCAUCAAGCUGAGCGACCCGGGCAUCCCCAUCACCGUGCUCUCCAGGCAAGAGCGCGUGGAGCGCAUCCCGUGGAUCGCCCCCGAGUGCGUCGAAGACUCCAAAAACCUGAGCGUGGCGGCGGACAAGUGGAGCUUCGGCACGACGCUGUGGGAGAUCUGUUACAACGGCGAGAUCCCCCUCAAGGACAAGACGCUAGUGGAGAAGGAGCGGUUUUACGAAGGACAGUUCAUGCCGGUCACGCCGUCGUGCAAGGAGCUCGCCGACCUGAUGAAGCAGUGCAUGAACUACGACCCCAACCAGAGGCCCUUCUUCAGAGCCAUCAUGAGAGACAUCAACAAGCUGGAGGAGCAGAACCCCGACAUCGUCUCGGAGAGGAAGCCGGCCACGGAGGUGGACCCCACCCACUUCGAGAAGCGCUUCCUGAAAUGGAUCCGUGACCUGGGCGAGGGCCACUUCGGGAAGGUGGAGCUGUGCAGGUACGACCCGGAAGGGGAUAACACCGGCGAACAGGUGGCGGUCAAGUCCCUGAAGCCCGAGAGCGGCGGCAACCACAUAGCCGACCUGAAGAAGGAAAUCGAGAUCCUCAGGAACCUCUACCACGAAAAUAUCGUCAAGUACAAGGGCAUCUGCACCGAGGACGGAGGAAGUGGGAUUAAGCUCAUUAUGGAGUUCUUGCCUUCCGGGAGCCUCAAGGAAUACCUUCCCAGAAACAAGAGCAAAAUCAACCUCAAUCAGCAGCUGAAAUACGCCGUUCAGAUUUGUAAGGGGAUGGAUUAUCUGGGAUCGCGGCAGUACGUUCACCGGGAUCUGGCGGCGAGAAACGUCCUGGUGGAGAGUGAAAACCGAGUGAAGAUCGGCGACUUUGGCUUGACCAAGGCGAUCGAAACGGAUAAGGAAUAUUACACGGUCAAGGAUGAUCGGGACAGCCCAGUGUUCUGGUACGCCCCGGAGUGUCUGCUGCAGUGCAAGUUCUACAUCGCCUCCGACGUCUGGUCCUUCGGCGUGACGCUCCACGAACUGCUCACCUACUGCGACUCGGACGUCAGCCCCAUGGCGAUGUUCCUCAAGAUGAUCGGCCCCACCCAAGGACAGAUGACCGUCACGCGCCUCGUCUGCGCCUUGAAAGAAGGGAAGCGCCUGCCCUGCCCCACCAACUGCCCCGAGGAGGUCUACCAGCUGAUGGGGAAAUGCUGGGAGUACCACCCCAACAAACGCACCACCUUCCAGAGCCUCAUCCAAAGCUUCGAAGGACUUAUGAAAUGAACCGAAAGGGAAAAAGACCGAGCCUCGCUCCCGCUUGGGAUGGACCGGAUGCCGGCCGGCAUCGCGCCGUGGAGACGCCGCUUAAUUGAAGCUUCCCCAGGCGGGCGUCCGGUCCCGGGGAGGGGGCGCCGGAGCCCUCGUCCGACGCGGGCGCUGAACCUGGCCUUGGGCGUCGAUGCGGUGGGUUAGGAUACCGGGCCUCUACUGAAGAUGCUCCGAGGAAGGACGCGGCGCCGGCGGAGAUACGAAACAUACGCCUCUACCCUCUGCCUACGGGUCACGCGGUACCGAAGCGGCUCGUUUAAUUUUACCCGUUCCGAUCGUUCCUGUACUUGUCUGAAACCUGUGUACAACCUAUAUGCACUUUGUUACUCUUUAUACAAAUAAACAUAAUAAAGACUUUCACGCACCGGC